GGCCGCGGUGGGCGGCGGAGCGCGGGAUGAGUCGUCUGGUUCCGCACUCGCGGCUCCUCCUGCGCCAGUCCCAGGCGGUGCCGCGGGGGCUGCUCCGCGCCGCCUCCGACGUAGGCAUGGAGGAGCUGCUGAGCCGCUCCGUGCCGCCGCUGCCGCCCUACGAGACCAAGGAGAAGGCGCCGCCCCCGGCCGAGCUGCGCGGCGCGGAGUUCAUGCGGUAUUACCGCGGCCUUGCCGGGCCGCCCCGCGCUGAGCUCCUCGCUCGUCUGGCCCGCGACUUCGGCGUGGAUCACGGGCGGGUGGCGGAGUUCAGCGCCAAAGUGCUGCAGGCCCGGGAACAGCAGAGGGAGCUGGGAGCCCUGCUGCAGGCCGAGGACCGGCUGCGUUACUACCUGAACCCGCGGUACCGGGGGCUGUUCCAGCACCUGGGCCGCCUGGAGGGAGGGCUGCGUUUCCUGGUGGAGCUGAGGGGAGACCUGGUGGAGGGGCUGGCGAGCAAGGAGGUGGAUGGGCCUCACGUCAAGGAAAUGAGUGGUGUUCUAAAGAACAUGCUCUCAGAGUGGUUUUCAACAGGAUUCCUAAAUUUGGAGCGGGUCACGUGGCAAUCACCUUGUGAAGUACUCCAGAAAAUCAGUGAUUCUGAAGCCGUGCAUCCUGUUAGAAACUGGGUUGAUAUGAAGCGUCGAGUGGGGUCAUAUAGAAGAUGCUACUUUUUUUCUCACUGUGCAAUCCCAGGAGAGCCGUUGAUAGUCUUGCAUGUUGCAUUAACCAGUGAUAUCUCCAGCAGCAUCCAGGCCAUAGUGAAAGAAGUGGAACCUUUAGAAACAGAGGAUACAGACAAAAUUACAACAGCAAUUUUCUACUCAAUCAGUUUGACUCAGCAAGGACUGCAGGGGGUGGAACUUGGGACUUACCUUAUCAAACGUGUGGUAAAGGAGCUGCAGAAAGAACUUCCUCAGAUAAAAACUUUUUCUACUCUCUCGCCUAUCCCCGGGUUCACAAAAUGGCUCGUUGGUCUCCUCUCCUCACAGACAAAAGAACUGGAAAAGAAUGAACUUUUUACAGAAUCAGAACGCCAAGAACUAUCUCAGGUCACAGGAGACUGUACCACCGACACACUAAAAAAGCUCUUAAACAACAACGAAUGGGUGCGAUCAGAAAAAUUAGUCCAGGCUCUCCAUUUGCCGCUGAUGAGACUGUGUGCCUGGUAUUUGUACGGGGAGAAACACCGCGGCUACGCACUGAACCCAGUAGCAAACUUUCACCUUCAGAAUGGCUCCGUGUUGUGGCGGAUAAACUGGAUGGCAGACACGAGCCCUCGGGGCAUUGCUGCUGCGUGUGGCAUGAUGGUGAACUACCGGUACUUCUUAGAGGAUACAGCCACUAACAGUGCUGCCUAUCUGGGGACAAAAGCCAUUAAAGCCUCAGAGCAGGUUCUUUCCUUGGUGUCGCAGUUCCAGCAGAAUAGCAAGCUUUAAAACUAAGGACAAGUGGUUUUCACUUGUAAGGAGCUGUCAUAUUUUGCAGUGCCUGUAUUUAAAUGCGAUCAUCCCUUAUAAAACAAAUUUACUCAGCACGGCAGGGUACAAAAUUAUCUAAAUUAUCAGCUGUCUUGCUUACACUGCCAUAUAUUCAAGCCUGAUUUGUUGCAGUUGAAUCACUUGAAGUACUAGACAUCUGUUAUGUACAAAUGAAUUGGAGGUACAUAUUCAGGAGUGAGCAAAUUCUCUCAACCAAUCCAAUGGUAACUUGUAUGGCUGAAGUAUUUUCCAUACUGUUAUUCUGUUGGUAAUAAACAUGUAUGAAUGUCAUGGUUUUGGCUGGGGUAGAGUUGAUUUUCUUCAUAGAAGCUUAUAUUAUGGUGUGUGUUGGGCUUUGGUACAAUAGUGUCAAUAAGACUGUGAUUGUAGUUGCUGCUGAGCAGUGCUUACAUGGAGCCAAGAACAUUCCAGCUUCUCGUGCUGCCCCACCAGGCUGUGCAGGAAGCUGGGAGAGGACAGAAGCAGAACAGCUGACCCAAACUGGCCAAAGGAAUAUUCCAUAUUGUAUGGUGUUGGCCCUAGAAUUUGCCCUGCUUUCCUGGCAGUCGCUGCACUGUCUGCCUACCAAUGGAAUGUAGCAAAGUAAAUCAUUGUUUUGCUUUCCUUGCACACACAGUGAGAACCCACCAGUUCUUGUGCCUUUACCUUUUUGAGCUGCCUUUGGGGUUAAACCACAGCAAUAAACUGUGUGUCUUCUGUGCCUUUAGACGGUGCUGCGCUUCUCUGUCACACUGCCCCUAUAGAUAGAUUAGUACUGAAGAACCUGCAAAGAAGUACUGCAUGAAGGUGAAUUUUUUGGUCAAGUAUAUUAGCAAAACACUGGUGUACAAUUUUAUGUCAGUAAUGACUUUGUCUUUUUCUCCCUCAGACAAUUUAAUGUAAAACCACUAAAAUUCACACUGAAUCUUUGCUUUGUUGGAGCACUGAAAAGCCUUACAUAAAUGUUCUUGAAAAUCAGGGCUUCUCAGGGAAGCAGGUACGUAGUGUUAUAACUGCACUUUUUUCUGCUGAAGUAUGAUGAGCAAGAAGGAAGUGUUGAAGUAGAAGAGCUGAUAAAGAGAUGUUUUAAUGAAGAGGUAGGUGUGAUUUGUAAACCAAUAAAAUAAACUUUCUCAUUAAAUCA